AUGGACCUUGUGGCCCUUCCCCUGGCGCUGCCACCCGCGCUGCCUGCGACGGAUGCUCUGCAGUGCCCACAUGGCGCUUGGAAUGCGCCCGGGGCCAAAGGUGAUGGCGAGAUGGCGCCUUGGCCAGGUGCCGAGCUCUUCUGGCGACAGAUCUUGGGUGCGGUGAUGGGAGGCCUUGACCUGGCGCAACAGGGUGACUAUGUGGCAUCCCGGCAUCUCUUGGCCGACGCCCUUCUGGCAGCUACCGGCAGCCUGACUCCCGAGCCGCGGAUGGGUUUCAGCUGUUCCUUAGGAGUUGCAGCUAUCUACCGUGUUCUGGCGCUGGUCAGUUUGGAGGCCGAUGCCGGCGAGGGAGUGCUGCCAGGGCAUCACUUGGCGCUGCGCUACCAACAUUUGGCCACCGUGUGGGUGACCCACGUCUGGGAAAAAUAUGCACGCCGUGAGAACGGUGGCGGCCCGGGAGAGGGCUGGGCCUGGUACGACCGCAGCUACAUCGACGCGUCGGCCUGGCCCAUCGGCUUACAGGAGCUGAACGUGGAGAUGCAUUCGGUCCAGAUGACCUUGGCCAAGAUGUUUUCGAGCCGCCCGCAAUUAGAAGUGCCGCAGAGUUUCCGCGACCCGAACUUGGCAAUUGGCAUCGCCAGCGUUUGCGCUUAUCCACCGGAGAAUCCGCUGCCUCGUUAUGCAGCGUCCAACCAUCGAGCCUACGCACUGCGGCAUGGCUAUCGAUAUCGAUUGGAGACCCAACAAGUCUCGCCGGAACGUCCUCCGGCAUGGGGAAAAGUGAGGUUGCUGCAACGGCUAUUGGAGGAGGAGCCAGACGUGGACUGGUGGUUGUGGUUUGAUUGUGACACCUUCUUCAUGAACAUGACGGUGACCCUGGAGUCCAUUCUGCAGCGCUACGGAGGGGGCGACGACAACGUUCACUUUCUGGCGGCGGAGGACGCAGCCAUGUUGAACACCGGCACGUUCCUUCUCCGCCGCUCCACCUGGAGUCGCGACUUCUUACGCCGCGUUUGGGGGACGCAGGAUUCUGUGUGGAUCCAGCAUCCCUGGUGGGAAAAUGCUGCCAUCAUCUGGGACCUGCUACGAGGUCUUUCAGAACGUUUCAGGGAUGGAGUGGGCGAUCUGGGAUCCGGGCAAGUCUAUCCAGAGGAGGUGCGCAUCGUGCCGCAGUUUGAACUGAACUCCUACCAUCCAGCGACCGCGCAGUCCCUGCACGAUGCUUGGGUGCCGGGGAAGUUUGUGUUGGCCUUUAACGGAGUCUUAUCCAAUACCAGUCCAAAGGUGGUGCGGACCUUGUAUGGCUACUACUACGAGAUCGCUUGUGAGCUCAACAGGAUUCCGGUUUCCAAAGAGGACGGAGGCUGUCUCGAGCCCGAGGAGCCGUUACCAUGGCUGAGAAAAAAAGAGGAUGCGCCGUCAGUGCGGUCAGUGGAUAGGUUGGCCUCUGGUAAGCUGACCAGGGAAGUUGGGAUCCACGGCCGGGUGCGGAGGCUGGAUUCUACGGAGCUUAUGGCCGCCCAGGCGAGGGCCGAAAAGUCCCGCCUAGAUGAGUUGGAAUACGACCACCUCCCGUCCCGCCCCGGCCGCCUGCGUGCUGCCGGCGAUGGCUUUCCAAACGCUGAUUGUUGA